CCAACUGCAAGGUCCGUUGCCAUAGUAACUCCAGAGAGAGGGCGAGACUGCUCUGCUCACGUGACCCAGCAAGAUGGCGACCACACAAUGCAGAAUGGAUUUGACUGUGAGUACUGUCUAUGAUUUAAACUGACUGGGAAUUUGGAUCUGCUGGUUAAAUUGUUCAUCAUAAUCAUCAUCAUAUCACAGAAUCAAGAUGGCCCUAAAUGUCUUUGAUCAUGAUGAAUACAGGCCACCAGUGUGGAAGUCUUACUUGUACCAGCUCCAGCAGGAGGCACCUCACCCACGCAGACUCACCUGCACCUGUGAGGUGGACAACCGACCUAAAUACUAUGGAAGAGAGUACCAUGGGAUGAUCUCAAGAGAAGAGGCCGACCAGUUGCUGAGUCAGGCCGAAGGCAGCUACCUCAUCAGAGAGAGUCAGAGACAGCCGGGCACCUACACACUGGCUCUAAGAUUUGGGAACCAGACAAGAAACUUCCGUCUCUACCAUGACGGGAAGCACUUUGUUGGAGAGAAGAGGUUCGAGUCCAUCCACGACCUGGUCACAGACGGCCUCAUCACACUCUACAUUGAGACAAAGGCAGCGGAGUACAUUGCUAAGAUGACCAUAAACCCCAUCUAUGAACAUGUGGGCUACACAACCCUGAACCAGGAGCCCACCCUGAAAAAACACCUACCACAAAGCCCCGAGGCCCCAGAUGGACCCGCACCGGCCAAAGACGAGCGUAACGCUGAGGAGAGGCUCACAUCGCUGGUGCGGCGGGCCACCCUGAGGGAGAGCGAUUUGGCACCCAAGUACGAGAAGGUCCACAACUUCAAGGUUCAUACAUUCAGAGGCCCCCACUGGUGUGAGUACUGUGCCAACUUCAUGUGGGGUCUCAUCGCCCAGGGAGUCAAGUGUGCAGACUGUGGGUUGAAUGUCCAUAAGCAGUGCUCCAAAGUCGUGCCGAACGACUGCCAGCCGGACCUGCGGCACGUCAAGAAGGUGUACAGCUGCGACCUGACCACGCUGGUCAAAGCCCACAACACCAAGAGGCCCAUGGUGGUCGACAUGUGCAUACAGGAAAUCGAGGCGAGAGGUCUCCAGUCAGAGGGUUUGUACAGAAUAUCGGGCUUCAGCGAGCUGAUUGAAGAUGUCAAGCUGGCCUUUGACAGAGAUGGAGAGAAGGCAGACAUUUCAUCAAAUGCUUACGAGGACCUCAACAUUAUCACCGGAGCCCUCAAGCUCUACUUCAGAGAGCUGCCUAUUCCCCUCAUCACAUAUGAUGCCUACCCACGCUUCAUAGAAACAGGAAAGAUUUCAGAUCCAGAAAAACGUCUGGAGUCUCUCCACGAGGCCUUGAAGCUGCUGCCACCAGCUCACUGCGAGACGUUGCGAUACCUCAUGGCUCACCUCAAGAGAGUGACCGAGUACGAGAAGGAAAACCUCAUGUCCAGCGAGAACCUGGGUAUCGUCUUCGGCCCGACGCUGAUGAGGGCCCCCGGGCUGGACGCCAUGACGGCACUCAACGACAUCCGAUACCAGAGACUCGUGGUGGAAUCGCUCAUUACCAACGAAGAUGUGUUGUUCUGAGAGGAGCGGAGGGAAACCCUUCUUCCAACAUGGAGAGGAAGGACAGACAGAUUGGGAAGCCCUCCUGUGAAAAGAUGGAAGAAAAAGUUGACUCAUUACAAGAAAAUUAAGAAAAAACACGCAAGAUACCUGGAAGUUGUGUCUUGAUGGAGAGGACACCAAGGAGUGUUUUUGUAAGGAGUGGAUGGAGGAAAGAAUGAAGGAAGUGACUAUUUGCAGUGAAGGAAUUGAUUAAAAAACAUGGUGGAGAAGAAGUAUGGAAGGAUGCAGUGUUUCCCUAAUGUCUUAUCUUGUACAAAAAUUGCCCAGCCUUACUUGAUAGAAUUAAAAGAGAAAUAAGUUAUCUAUCCUAAGGAGAAAUGAAUAUUAGCAUUGCAACAACAUGACUUUAUCUCUGUAGGGAAAACACUGUGCGAUCCAACUUUAUGUUAAAAUCUUUCUUAAAUGGGAUGCCUUGACAGUUGUUAGUUUUCUUCACCAGACUUAUUUUGAAAAUCAGCUACAUUAAAAAAGCUUUUCUUAGCAUUGUUUGCAUUAGCCACAGAAACCGAAUGAGCCACAAGUGUCACAGAGUGGUUUCAGUGAAAAAUGCAAUAAUGCUCCUUUCUAAUCAGCGUUUCCCUCCAACUCUGGUGGUAAGAGAUUAGUUUGCUUUGUGUCCCAUAGUGUCAAGAUAUAAUCCUCCUCAAGAGAAGAAGAAGCACUGACUUCAUAACAGUAGACAGCUGGAUGAAUGAAUAAACGAUUGGAAAAAGGGAACCACUCACCCAUAAUGCUAACUCAUUCCUCUGAAUGGAGCUUAAGUGACUUGGACCUACUAUGUUUUUUGUUCCUCUUUUCAACCUCUUUACUUUACAGCUCCCUCUUCUGUUCCAUUGACUGAAGUGUAAUUAUACAGUCAUUUUAAACUAAGUAGUUUUUAGUUGCUUACAUAGAAAAAACAAUGCAGACUCUUGUUUGUGUCAUAUUAUAAGCUUUUGUUGCUGUAUAAUUACAUAACAACUGAUGGAGCAUUACAUUAAAUGGUUUAACUUUUUUUUU